AUGUUGGAAGACAGAAAGAUAUUUGUCAAAGUGCUUUUAAUUCUACCACUACUGCAUAAGCUCAAUAACUGCGAGCGCAACCUUGGCAUUGGUAUGUAUUAUAUGAAUUACACUGCCGGUCCAAAGUAUAACUUCAGUGUAUUCAAUUACAAUUAUUACAGUGUGGACAAUAAAAUUGUAAUUUAUGUUGAAUUUAAAUUAUAUGAAGAUACUUAUUUCACUGCAGAUAUCAAACUUGAUAUGCUACGUGCUAAUAAUAAGAAAAUGAAUUUGCUAAAUACACACCAAGAUGGCUGUAAGCUAUUCAGCGGUUUGUCUAAUAGUAGAUUAUUGAAAAUUAUAUCAGAUCAGAUUGUUCAAGUUACCAACAUUCCGCUGAAGUGUCCUCUUUUAGCAAAUAAACUAUAUAUCGUCAAUAACUACACUUUGACAGCGGAUCCACUUCCUUCAUUCAUACAGCCACUACACUGGGUUAUACAAACAAAAUUUAAGCUUAACAAUAAAUACGUUGGAUAUAUGAUUCUUCAGGGCAAUAUUUAUAAACUUAAAAAGGUUUCGUCAAAAGUAAAGUCCUGAACUUGUUAAUGUAUUUGAAAGUUAUCACUGUGAAAAAUUGUAUAAUUUCUAAGAAUUAACUAUAUUUUAAUCUCUUUAAUUAAAUAUACCAAUUCCAGCAAACCUUUAGGAAAAAUAAUAGAUUUCUUUAGUAAAAUAUUAUAUACGAAAUACAUUUUAUAACCAACAACAGCACCAAACUGAAAUUAGUUAUUAACAUAUAUAUAUAUACAUAUUUAUUUAUUCAUAUA